AAAAAUUGUCUUUUAAUCAAAUUUCGUUAUAAUAUCAAAAAAUGUUUAUCUAUGUUUUAUAAAAUAUGUUUGAUUAUUUUUGAUUUAUUUUAGUUUGUAUUUAAUAUAUUUUUGCAAACUACUAAGUGAUUCUUAAAUCAGAAAAAUGGCUGAACUCCUCCUAGUCAUAAACCACAAUAACAGCACCGUAAACCCCAAACGCUGGCCAGACUCCCAUGAGUGAUGGCUAGCUUCUGCAUACACUAGGCUGAGAAACCGAUGCAUGUACCUGCUGUGUCCAGUUACCGAAUUUAAACUGACGUAAACCCAGCUGUUUUAUUAAACAUCAGCGACAUGAUAGACCUGGCGAUCGGAACACCAGAGGUGGGUGUUGUGGAUUUUGGCAUGCUGCAAACUAUUCUACACUGUUUGGCUCAACAAUUGAAAGUGCUGGGUAAAAAUGUUGAGUUAAGAGGCAGCGUGGCCAUGCUGCCAGUAGGACGGGAGAAUGUCCAUACUAUUUCUAUCAGCGAAUACACUGUGGAAGCAGAUGAUAAGGUACCUAAAGAGAAAAAGACAGAGCUUAGCCGUACAUCGAGUGUGACAGAUACAAUAUUGGUCGUGGAGCGAAAAAGAAAAUCAGAAACAAGUAGGCCGACUGUGACCCAAACUAGUCGUAGUCCCACUCGAGGUCCGUCUCCACCCCUGCCAGCCGCGAUGCCCCAGGACCUUGCUGCUGAGAAGCUUUCCCUCGUCACUACCAGCAAGUUCAAUAUUCUGGAGAACACUGUGAACGACCUUAAGGAUCGUGUGUAUGGAAGUAUGCCUAAGAAUGAGGAAAUAUUGGAGGAAGUUAGAUCCCAAACAAAUCUCAAAGCCAUCACAGACAUGUGGACGUCACUGAACGUAUCCUCUCGCUUGGAAGCAGCCGAGGCUGGUCUCGCUAAACUGAGCUCGCUCGUUCAGGAUAUCAUAUCCGAAAACGCUGGGCUUCAGGAGCGAAUUGAUGCGUCGCCGUCUGCAGCACCAUCAACAAUGGCUCCACCACCGAGGGUUUCGAUAGCACCGCCACCAGCGCCAGUGGUAUCCACAGUAGCUCCACCAACUGCUGCCCCCUCAUCAAUUGCCCCGCCAUCUACAGCUCCACCGACGGCUGCACCGUCUAUGGUGGGCGGUCCCCAGCCAUCCUUUGAUACAUUAGCCACCAAGGAUGACCUAAAGCAGCUCCAGGCUCAUUUAGAACGAAUCCGUAUGGACCUCGACAACGUCUCUAACACUCUGUACAGCGCGAUGGCCGACAUGCAAGCAGGACUGGGCGAAGAGCCGGUUCCUCCUCCUCCUUCUACUCCUCCUCCAACGACCGUGGUCUCUACUACCGAACCAGCCCCACCACUAGCACCAAAAUCAGCACCGUCUAUAGCGGGAAGACGAAAAUCUGAUUUCCCACGUCGUUCUUUCUCACAAAUAACUGGCAAUCUGAUGGAGAGAAUAAACGAUUUAGAAAAACGCAUAAACAAUUGCUGUCAGGAUAUAGGAAAAAAUGAUGGAGUUCUUCAAGAUCAGAUCAACUCGUUCCAAGAUCAAUUGGACUUCCUGCACAAAGAAGUGGGACAACUGCGAAGCGUGCAAUCAGAAACAUUAUCACCAGAUCUUGUUAAAGAUUUGCAAGGCUUAUUAAAACUCUUCCAAACCGUCCAAGAGAUGCAGGAACAGUUGAAACAAGUUCACGAAACAGCUCUCGAACUCGCCGCUGAGAAAGAAGACAGGAAUUAUCAUAUGAAUGCACUUCUAGAACAGAUUGAACUUCUGAAGACUAUAAAGCUGGAUCGAGAGGACAUGGUGGAGGCGAUGGCCGACAAGGCCGACCUCAGGAUGCUGGCGAGGAAGGUCUCCCACGACCAGUUCGAACUGGCCUGUGAUGAUCUCUCACGAGGACUUGAACACGCACUCGGCAAACUGAACAUACAGGAAGCGUUGUGGCAACAAGCCCUGGACGACAUUCAAAGAGAGAUAGAAACUAAACUGGAUAAGAUGGAGCUCUCCCCGGUGAAAGACUUCUUCAACACGAAGCUUAAACAGCUCCAAGAAAAUCUUAAACAGAUGGCGUCCCUCCGGAGAGAGGUAGAAGCGGCUGGCACCAAACGACGUUUACUCAGGGAGGUGAAUUGUAUCUCGUGUGAUGCGAACGCAGUGAUGCCGAUGGAACCGCCAAAUAUGAUACCCUUAAGUCGUCCGAUGCCGGGACACAUGUCCAUGAAACCGUACCUCAGUUAUGAACUCGACGCGAUACGUAAAACACAGGCGACUAACUUACCGCAACGGAACUUGCACGACUGGGAGACUAUCGACAAACAAAUGAAUCAACAGAAACAGCCGCAGAAAGCGAGGUCGGAUACGGGCAAACAUAUCUGUAAUCGUUACUGUGGUGGGUCUCAUACUAUGACGACGGCGGCUCAGCGCGUGGCACGAGCUGGUCAUUUUGUAAAGCAAUGGGGUCCCGACGUAGUGCCGCUGUCUUCAGGACUGGCGGCGGGUGACGAUGGAAGGUUGUACAAGGUCGUCCAAAAUGAAGCAGCCAAUGUGGGCCCGGGUGGCGCUGUCGAAACGACUUGCACUCCGAAACAUCCAAAGAAGACUGAAUCACCGAAGACCCCGACGAAACCGGUUCUUUUGGCGGCGCCGGAGUGUCGUUGCUUGGAAGGAGCUCCACCGGCAAAAUGACAGAUUUCUUCCUGAUAUAGAAUCUAUUUCUGUAUUAAAUUUCAUAUUUUUAUAACGUGAUAAAAAUAAAAUUCCCGUUAGUAUAAUUCGAUUUUAUUGGUAAAUCAAUUACCACUGUAUACAUGAGAACAUGCCACUAGAAAAACAACCGUCCUUUCCAUCAUUACGUGACAAAGGAAAAUGAACCGUAUUAUAUUAACUUAUAGUACUAUUUAGAGCUAUUUUAACUAAACGCUAUCUAAUAUUUACAAAAUGAAAUCACAAAUGCAUCCAACUAUGAUUUUGAUUAUCUCCAGUGAUGAUAUUUUAAUUCUAAUGCUGCCGCAACUGCAAUAUAAUAUGCAAAUGUACAAAACAUUAAGUUCAUUUAUGCUAGUGAAUAGUAACAACUAAUUAAACUGCUUCAAACUCUUGAUAUUUAUUUUCUAUUGUGUCCAUAGACAAUAUAAACAUUUGGCUGCUUACAGGCAUAGACAAUUAAUCUAGAAUAACAGUCCUAUAAGUAUUGCAACGGAAUUGGAUUCAAAAAUGAAA